GCCUCGGUAAGUUGAAGACAUCAUGUUUCGUAGGAAGCAGGCCUCUCAUUUCAAUUCAGAUGAUUCUGAGCAGCGACAAGCAAAGAUCAACGAACUGAGAGCUGCACUUGGGCCUAUGUCUGCCCGUGGCGAGAAGUAUUGCAGUGAAGCAUGCUUGGCUAGGUAUCUCGAAGCACGCAACUGGAAUGUUGACAAAUCUCGGAAAAUGUUGGAAAAAAGUAUCAAGUGGAGGGCAGUUAGCAGGCCUAAGGAUAUUCGCUGGCCUGAUGUUUCUAUGGAAGCAGAAACAGGUAAAAUGUACAGGGCAACUUUCGCAGAUAGAGAGAGGAGAGCCGUCGUUAUUAUGAGACCUGCAAAGCAGAAUACGUCAUCUCAUGAGGGGCAGUUGCGGUAUCUUAUAUAUACCCUGGAGAAUGCAGUUCUCAGCUUGCCUGAGGGCUGAGGGUCUAGACAAAAUGGUGUGGUUGAUAGACUCCACAGGAUGGGCACUGGCCAAUGCAACCCCCAUAAA